AUGUCUGAGAAAGAAACCUACGAGCCCUCUCCCAAAGCACUCGAAGAAUCAACCACGGGCGCUGCACCGACCACAGCACGAACCUCAAUUGACACUGCCACCGACACCGAAUCGAUACGAGAGAAUGUGCGACACGCAAAUCCCAAUGGGUUCUCCAGCACUUCUCAAGGCGUCAAUAUCAAAGCUGCCGAGGCAGAGUUUGCGACGCUUCAGAGAGAGCUUUCGGGCAUAAGUCAGGCGAGCAGGAAGCUAUCUAGAACUCAAUCCAGAAAAGUUGCCUCUGAGAAAGAUGUUGAGAAGACGGCCUCGGAUGGGUCGACCACUGAGGAGGAGCCAUUCGAUUUGGAGCACGUCCUGCGGGGCAAUCACACUGCAGAGCAAGAAUCCGGGAUUCGAUCGAAACAUAUCGGAGUUGUAUGGGAAAAUCUUACUGUUUCUGGCACUGGAGGAGUGACCAAUUUCGUCAAGACAUUCCCCGAUGCGUUUGUCAGCUUCUUCAAUGUCGUGGAGACGGCCAUGCAUCUUUUUGGUGUGGGGAAGAAAGGGCGGGAAGUCAAUAUCUUGAAGGAUUUCAAGGGAGUUGUUCAUCCUGGAGAAAUGGUACUGGUACUUGGUAGACCUGGAUCCGGAUGUACGACAUUCCUCAAGGUCAUUGCAAAUCAGCGAUUUGGGUAUACUGGAGUGGAUGGCGAAGUCCUGUACGGACCCUUCGAUGCUACGACUUUCGCUAAACAGUACCGAGGAGAAGCUGUCUACAAUCAGGAGGAUGACGUCCACCAUCCUACUCUUACUGUUGGUCAGACUUUGGGAUUUGCAUUGGAUACGAAAACGCCCGGAAAGAGACCUCAUGGAAUGUCUAAAGCGGACUUCAAAGACCGGGUAAUCACAACACUCCUGAAGAUGUUCAAUAUUGAACACACUCGGAACACCAUUGUCGGAAAUCCGUUUGUACGAGGUGUUUCAGGAGGUGAGCGAAAGCGAGUCUCUAUUGCUGAGAUGAUGGUUACAUCCGGAACGGUCUGUGCAUGGGACAAUAGCACACGAGGACUUGAUGCGUCAACUGCGCUGGAUUAUGCCAAGUCACUCAGGGUUAUGACAAACAUCUACAAGACGAGUACUUUCGUUUCAUUGUACCAGGCAUCUGAGAACAUUUACAAGCAAUUUGACAAGGUUCUUGUGAUUGACGCGGGACGACAAGUUUACUUUGGACCAGCGAAGGAAGCAAGAGCCUAUUUCGAAGGCCUUGGAUUCAAAGAAAAGCCACGUCAAACAUCGCCCGAUUUCUUGACUGGCUGUACAGACGAAUUCGAGCGCGAGUAUGCAGACGGAAAAUCAGCUGAAAAUGCUCCUCAUAGUCCCGACACACUUGCACAAGCCUUUAACAACUCGAAAUUUGCGACACUCCUGAACGAUGAGAUGACAAGUUACCGAAAGACAAUCGCCGAAGACAAGCAAAGACAAGAAGACUUCGUGACUGCUGUGCACGACAGCAAGCGCAAAGGAGCCUCCAAGUCUGUCUACAGUGUCCCAUACUAUCUGCAGAUUUGGGCUUUGAUGCAACGACAAUUCCUGAUCAAAUGGCAAGACAAAUUUUCUCUCGUCGUCAGUUGGAUCACAAGUAUCACUAUUGCUAUCGUCCUCGGUACCGUUUGGCUCAACUUGCCAAAGACUUCUGCUGGUGCUUUCACCCGAGGUGGUCUCCUCUUCAUCAGUUUGCUCUUCAACGCCUUCCAAGCAUUCUCAGAACUCGCCAGUACCAUGAUCGGUCGUCCAAUCGUCAACAAGCAUAAGGCAUACACCUUCCAUCGUCCUUCAGCUCUUUGGAUUGCUCAAAUCAUCGUCGAUACGGCAUUUUCUGCAUGCCAAAUCUUCAUUUUCUCCGUCAUUGUCUACUUUAUGUGUGGUCUCGUUCGAGAUGCUGGAGCAUUCUUCACUUUUUAUCUGAUCAUUGUUAGUGGUUAUCUUGCCAUGACGUUGUUCUUCAGAACUGUCGGAUGUCUGUGUCCCGACUUCGAUUAUGCUAUCAAAUUCGCCGCUACCAUCAUCACACUUUUCGUCAUCACUUCUGGAUAUAUCAUUCAGUACCAAUCUGAGAAAGUAUGGAUUCGAUGGAUUUAUUGGAUUAACGCUCUUGGUCUGGGAUUUUCAGCUCUCAUGGAGAACGAAUUCAGCAGAUUGACGUUGACCUGUACUGAUGAGUCUCUGAUCCCAUCUGGAGAAGGCUACACCAGCAUUGCCAACCAAGUUUGUACUCUCGCGGGUAGUGUUGCUGGUACAGAUCAAGUUUCGGGCUCUGCUUACAUUACCGACGGCUUUUCGUACAAGCCUGACCAAUUGUGGCGUAACUUUGGCAUUAUCGUUGCUUUGAUCGUCGUUUACUUGAUCACCAAUUCGACGUUGGGCGAGUGGCUUACAUUUGGAGCUGGUGGAAACGCAGCAAAAGUGUUCCAGAAGCCAAACAAGGAAAGAGAUGAGCUUAACGCAGCUCUGAUUCAGAAGCGUGAUCAACGCAGAUCUACAAAGAAUGAGGCUUCAGGCUCUGAAAUCAAUAUCAACUCCAAGGCUGUUUUGACUUGGGAAGGGUUAAACUAUGAUGUUCCAACACCUUCUGGACAAUUGCGUCUCCUCAACAACAUCUAUGGGUAUGUCCGCCCUGGCGAACUUACUGCUCUUAUGGGUGCAUCUGGUGCAGGAAAAACGACUCUCCUCGAUGUCCUGGCUGCAAGAAAGAAUAUUGGUGUCAUUUCGGGUGACGUCCUUGUCGAUGGUAUUGCUCCCGGUACUGCAUUCCAACGUGGGACAAGUUACGCAGAGCAAUUGGAUGUUCACGAGCCAACCCAGACUGUUCGGGAAGCUCUCAGGUUCUCGGCAGAUUUGCGCCAGCCGUUCGAAGUUCCCCAAGCCGAGAAGUAUGCAUACGUGGAAGAAGUCCUCAGUCUGUUAGAGAUGGAAGAUAUGGCAGAUGCUAUCAUUGGUGAUCCAGAAUCUGGUCUCGCUGUCGAACAGCGAAAACGAGUUACAAUUGGUGUUGAACUUGCUGCCAAACCUGAGUUACUUCUCUUCCUGGACGAACCCACCUCUGGUCUCGAUUCGCAAUCCGCCUUCAAUAUCGUUCGAUUCUUGAAGAAGCUGGCGAGUGCUGGCCAAGCUAUUCUCUGCACUAUCCACCAACCUAACGCUGCUCUCUUUGAAAACUUCGACCGUCUCUUGUUGUUACAACGUGGUGGACAGACUGUGUACUUUGGUGAUAUUGGAAAGGAUGCACAUGUUUUGCUUGACUACUUCCGAAGACAUGGGGCAGACUGUCCACCCGACGCCAACCCUGCAGAAUUCAUGCUCGAUGUCAUAGGAGCAGGUCAAGCCCCAAGAGUAGGUCCUCGUGACUGGGCCGAUAUAUUCGCAGAUUCUCCCGAGCUUGCCAACGUCAAAGAUCGCAUCUCUCGAAUGAAGGCCGAACGUCUUGCUGAAGUUGGUAGUAACUUCAAGACUGAUGAGCGCGAAUUCGCAACCCCACUCCGUCACCAGCUCCAGAUUGUUCAAAAACGCACGAAUCUCGCUUUCUGGCGCUCGCCCAACUAUGGCUUCACUCGUCUGUUCAACCAUGUCAUAAUUGCCUUGCUUACCGGUCUUGCAUACUUGAACCUCAACGACUCUCGACAAUCACUUCAAUACCGUGUCUUCGUUAUCUUCCAGGUCACGGUCCUUCCGGCCCUGAUUCUCGCCCAAGUUGAACCAAAGUAUGCCAUGUCAAGAAUGAUUUACUACCGUGAAGCUUCUUCAAAGAUGUACGGACAAUUCGCGUUUGCUUCCUCUCUUGUUGUAGCCGAGAUGCCGUACUCGAUCCUUUGUGCAGUCGGCUUCUUCCUCCCGCUCUACUACAUGCCAGGUUUCCAGCACGCAACAUCCCGAGCCGGCUACCAAUUCCUCAUGGUCCUCGUCACAGAACUCUUCUCCGUCACUCUCGGUCAAAUGGUAGCAGCCAUCACACCCAGUCCAUUCAUCUCUGCGCUUCUCAAUCCGUUCAUCAUCAUCACCUUUGCUCUCUUCUGUGGUGUCACCAUCCCCAAGCCUCAGAUCCCGAAGUUCUGGCGCGCAUGGCUCUACCAACUUGACCCCUUCACCCGUCUGAUUGGUGGUAUGGUCGUCACUGAACUUCACGGCCGUGAGGUGGUAUGCUCUACCAAUGAGCUCCAACACUUCACUGCACCCUCUGGACAGUCGUGUGGGGAUUAUAUGGCACCCUUCUUCGAGCGAGGAGGAGCCGGCUAUAUUGUCAACGACGCAACAAGUGCUUGUGAGUACUGUGCGUAUAAGGUUGGAGAUCAGUUCUACACGGCUCUUGGAUUGGAUUUUUCCAACCGAUGGAGAGAUUUGGGCAUCUUGAUUGCUUUCAUUGGAAGCAAUUUGAUCUUCUUGUUCUUGGGUUCGAGAUACCUGAACUUCAACCGCAGAUAG